GGCAGGCUGGGAAGCGGCGCCAUAUUGGCGUCGGCCGCGCUGUAUUGUCAUAAAUAGAGCCGGUUUUGUGGUGUUUUCACUACUCGGUUGGAUGCCUCGGCCGUAGUAAGUGAGAAAGUGAGCGAGCAAGCGAGCUACAAGCGACCGGGGGAAAGUCGACAAGAGGAGAAGGGAAGAGCAAGAACUUGACUCCAGAGAGAAAGAUACUCGCCGGUGUGGGAGACGCAGGAAGCGAUGAAAGAGAUGUCUGCAAACACCAUGCUGGACAGCCAGCGUCAACAAAAGCAUUAUGGAAUCACUUCUCCAAUUAGUUUGGCAUGUCCCAAAGAAAUUGAUCAUAUUUACACACAGAAAUUAAUUGAUGCUAUGAAACCAUUUGGAGUGUUUGAAGAUGAGGAAGAAUUGAACCACAGGCUUGUUGUUCUUGGUAAAUUGAAUAAUUUAGUAAAAGAAUGGAUUUCUGAUGUCAGUGAGAGUAAGAAUCUCCCACCUUCUGUUGUGGCUACUGUUGGUGGUAAAAUUUUCACGUUUGGCUCCUAUAGGCUUGGAGUACACACCAAAGGAGCUGACAUUGAUGCACUUUGUGUAGCUCCAAGACAUGUGGAGAGAUCUGAUUUUUUUCAAUCUUUUUUUGAAAAACUGAAACAUCAAGAUGGCAUUAGAAACUUAAGAGCUGUAGAAGAUGCCUUUGUACCUGUUAUAAAAUUUGAAUUUGAUGGAAUUGAAAUUGAUCUAGUCUUUGCAAGACUGGCAAUUCAAACCAUAUCAGAUAAUUUAGAUCUAAGAGACGACUCUCGACUGAGAAGCCUUGAUAUAAGGUGUAUUCGCAGCCUAAAUGGAUGUAGAGUUACUGAUGAAAUUUUGCAUUUAGUGCCAAAUAAAGAAACUUUUAGACUCACCCUAAGAGCAGUCAAAUUAUGGGCAAAACGACGUGGUAUUUAUUCCAACAUGCUGGGAUUCCUUGGCGGUGUCUCCUGGGCAAUGCUAGUUGCAAGAACUUGUCAAUUAUACCCAAAUGCAGCAGCUUCUACUUUAGUUCAUAAGUUCUUUUUAGUUUUUUCCAAGUGGGAGUGGCCAAAUCCUGUGCUGCUGAAGCAACCAGAAGAAAGCAAUUUGAAUUUGCCUGUUUGGGAUCCUCGGGUAAAUCCAUCAGAUAGGUAUCAUCUCAUGCCCAUAAUCACCCCUGCCUACCCACAGCAGAAUUCUACGUAUAAUGUGUCCACCUCAACUCGAACAGUAAUGGUAGAAGAAUUUAAACAAGGUCUUGCAGUCACAGAUGAAAUCCUUCAAGGAAAAUCAGACUGGUCCAAACUACUUGAGCCACCAAAUUUUUUUCAAAAGUAUAGACAUUAUAUAGUAUUGACUGCCAGUGCAUCAACAGAAGAAAACCAUCUAGAGUGGGUUGGAUUAGUGGAAUCUAAAAUUCGUGUGCUUGUUGGAAACUUGGAACGAAAUGAAUUUAUUACUCUUGCCCAUGUAAAUCCCCAGUCAUUCCCAGGAAAUAAGGAACAUCAUAAAGACAACAAUUACAUAUCAAUGUGGUUCCUUGGAAUAAUUUUUCGGAGAGUAGAAAAUGCAGAAAGUGUUAACAUAGACUUGACCUAUGAUAUACAGUCAUUUACUGAUACAGUGUACAGACAGGCAAAUAAUAUAAACAUGCUAAAGGAAGGAAUGAAAAUUGAAGCAACUCAUGUUAAAAAAAAGCAGCUUCAUCACUACCUUCCAGCAGAGAUUCUUCAAAAGAAGAAAAAGCAAAGUCUGUCUGAUGUUAGUCGAAGUUCAAGUGGACCACAAUCCAAAAGAUCAUCUCUAGAUAGCAAUUGUUUGGAUAGCUCCAGGGACACUGAUAAUGGAACACCUUUUAAUUCCCCAGUGUCUACAAACAAACCUUCCAAGCCUGACGUUCCUCCUUCAGGAGAAACAGAAAGGAGUAAUGCUGAGCCUGCUGCUGUCAUUGUGGAAAAGCCACUGAGUGUCCCGCCAGCACAAGGACUAUCUAUCCCAGUCAUUGGUGCAAAAGUUGAUUCUGCAGUAAAAGCUGUAUCACCCCCAGCUGUGUGCACCAUUCCUACUGUAGUGGGACGAAAUGUCAUUCCUAGAAUCCCGACACCCCACAACCCUGCCCAGGGACAGCCACAUCUUAAUGGAAUGUCAGCUAAGAAUGUUACACACAAGAGAUCCCGUUCGCCAUCUAUAGAUGGGUCUUCUAAGAGGUUGAAAGACAUAGAAAAGUUUAUUCGGCUUGAAUCAACGUUUAAGGAAUCACGUGCUCCUGAAGAUCGAAAAAGAAAAGCAAUGGAUGCCAUUGGAGGAGAAUGCAUGCCUAUUCCAACAAUUGAUACAUCACGCAAAAAGAGACUACCCAGUAAAGAACUACCAGAUUCAUCAUCUCCGGUUCCAGCAAAUAACAUCCGAGUCAUCAAAAAUUCCAUUCGACUGACCCUUAAUCGAUGCCGUAGCAUUCUCUCAUUGAUUGCUACAUGCACUUCUGUGAGGAUCACCUGCUAUCAAAUUGUCAUCUACAAUAUUACGGCUUUGCGUUGGAGGUUUUACUGCCUUAACUUUCGAUGCUUGUUUCUCUGUUGUGGGAACCAGUUCUUGGCUCUUUGGACACGGAUAAAACAAGUCCUGAACUUUUUCUUUCUUUCUUUCUUUCUUUUUUUUUUUUUUAAGUCUUAUGUUAUAAUCAUUGUAUAGUACUGAAAAAGUUGAAAACGAAACAAAAAAAAUUGUCUUGUAAUUUUCCAAAUGUUAACACAUUUACUUUAGCAUUGAAGCCACUUUGUGAAACCUGAGAUAAAUGAAUGUGAGGUAUCUUUUCUGCUUUUUUCAUUUGUGUAGAUGUACUUAUUGUCUAUUCUGUUGAUUUAAAUUAUUUUUUUUCCAGAAUGGCACAUGGAAUAUUUAAAUUUCUAUUUUUUUUGUGUGCCUUUCUGUCCAAGUGUUGCAUAGUUACCAGGGAGGAUUAGUCCACUGAUUACAUAAGAGUUGGGCACCAUAAAUUCUCUGUAUUUUGCCUCCCAUGGAGGCCUUUGAAAUGCAUCUUUAUAAAGAAUCAGAAUAUAACCAAGAUACUGAAAGUCAGUAUAUGAAUGGUAAAAUUGUUACAUAUCCUAGCUCAUGCCAUUCUUGUUAGUUGACUGGUAUUUUUUACUGAGGAGCAACUCAUUCCAGCACCAACAAUAAGAUACCUUGAAGUAUGGCAAAAUUGUAUUUUUAAGGUGUAAAAAUAACUUGGCAUGGUAAUUCUUGACCAUUACUUACCCCACAACUUCAAACAGUUUCUUCAUGGACUAGGCAUGCAGAAAUAAGCAGUGGAUUUUACUGAAACCUAAAGGCAUUUUUGAAUGACAUUGUUACCAACCAUUAAUUGGCUCAGGACCUUUGUAAUUUUUAUUUAACUGUAUGAGUUGUCUUUUUUUACACUGCUUUUUUCAAUGCAUUUCUUAAUAUUUUUUAAGUUUCAUGAACGCAUGCUCAGUUUAUUAAAAUCCAUAACCAUGUAAUUCUUGUAAUAUGUUGAUUCAGUGUUUUGUAAAUGAAGUCGUAUGUAUUUUCAGAGUAUUUUUGUAUGUACUGUAAGAUACCAUCUUUUCAAAGAGAAAACUUUAAAACCUU